CUUCCAAAGCUUCAUCGCCGGCGGGCCUUAGUAGAACGGCUGGGGAAGUUAAGCAAGUCGGCGGCCCGGCCAGAGACAGACUGGCAAGCAGCGGGAAGCGCCGCGCCGGCAGUUUCUUUGCUGGCUGCCAAGCACUGCGCAGACCCAGCCCACCGCCACCGUGCAGACCCAGCCUACCGUCGACGCUUGCGGGAGUCAAAUUGCCGCCACGGAAACUUGGAAUUUGCGCCGGUCAGUUGGUGGCGCGCAUGAGCGUGCUGCCGCUCCACCACCCCAAAAGGAAUGCCGGCAGCGACGUGCUUGGCCUGGCCGCCUGACGCAGACGAGACUGGGGCCAUCGUGGUGCGUUAUUUCUGCCGCGCUUGCCUGCCGCGGUGCGCCCCCGGGCUCCGCCCCGCCGGCUGGCGAUCCCCGCGCAUUCGCCGCGCUC